AUGGAUAGAGGAAUGCGAGAUUACAAUCUUAAGGCGCAGCAGAAAGGAAAAUCUCAAUCUAAUGCCGCAACUAAGAGCAAAAACAGUGAGUUGCGUUCCCAAUUCCUCAAGAAAAUAGAAGAACUUGAUGAAAAACUAAUACUGAGUGAAAUCCAUGAUAGGAAAUCUAACUUGCUCAUUUACGGAGUUCAACAAAGAAAUGAGAAGGAAAACACCUACGAUGUAGUGCAUGAAGUGUUUGUUCAUUUUAUGGGAAUAUCAAAGGAAGAAGCGUCCCGGAUCCCGCUUGUUAACGCACACAGGCUACCCUCUUCCACCCGUGGAGUUGCAGAAUCUCAACGUCAACCCCCAGCAAUCAUUGUCAGAUUCGUCAGGAUGAUUGACCGUGAUCGUUUGUUGUAUGGAUUUGAGCGACGACCACGUCAACACUCACCGACAUCUACCCAGCAGCCCAACCCACAGCCUCAAUCUUCCCCCUACAAAACUCUCUUUGGAGUGGUAAGCCUGAAUCUGUCACCAUUCACAAGUGUAUCUGUCAACCAAGAUGGUGGAUAUGUCAAUGUCAGUCUCCUACUCUAUGACAGCGCUACCAACACACCUAGUAUCAACAGCUCUUUUUUUAUUGAUGAAGAUGUGGUUGUCAGGUGCAGUGUAAUUACGCCUUAUGAGAAUGGUGAUUCCAGGGUGAUGUUCACAGAGAGUGUCAUUCCAUCGUUUGCAGAGUCAGGCUCGAUUGAUUUCAGCAUCGUUGAUCAAGGUAGAGCAGUUGAGGCGCAGUGUAGCGGUGAGACGUCACCUGAUAAUACUGGUACUACAUCAUACUUCAGCUUUGAUACCUCGGCAGGACCUCCUGGAUUUUUAGUGGUGAAGAAGAGUCCUGUGGUCAGUUUUUGUGAGUCUAUAAUCUUGGUUCCGAUCUCAAAUGGGAUAACAUCAUCAACAGUAGAAGUUGAAUUGAGUGAACCUGUGAUUGACUAUCGGGUGACUGUGUCGUGUAAUAUCAUAGGCGUGAUUGACGCAAACAGUUCCCUAGUGCUAGACUUCCAAGAUGCAACUGUUGAGCCAGGUAGCAGGACUGAUAUCAUAAUUCGGUACAACAUACAGAGACGUGGAGACAUUGUUCAGGUAGCUUGUUCCGCAGCGUCUGAAGAAGGCACUCAGUAUCUACAAGACACGUCUCAAGGAGAGGCAGCAAUCUUUCAGCAAGAGACCAGCUCUGUCACCCUCAUCCCCUCUGUCUCCUCGAUCGAUGAUCCCCGCAUCACAGUGUUCCUGGUCCUGGGGGCGGUCCUGACCUCUGGAGAAGGCACCAUCACCUAUGCUUGCUAUGUGGAUCCCGUCAUGUCCUAUGAGCAGGGGCUUGAGCUUGCUGCUAGUCCUACGUGCGAGACACCAGAUGAUGUCUUCCAACGACCUACCCCGCCUCCAGUUGUGACGACUGUAACUGCAGCUAUGACAGCAACCACUGACAACAGCACUGCAAAUGUGACCACACCCACUACGCCAGCUGUCCAGACCACCCCUUCCACUGCCGCCCCCACCACUGCAGCCCCUACCACGCCCACCUCGGCCCCUGCUACCAGCACUCCAGCACCAACCAGGAGGACUAAUCAGACCACGACGCCUUGGCGAUUGGAAAAAUCAGAGGUAGCAUUUCAGGAAGGAGAUAUUUUCAAAGAGCUUACUUUGAACCUCGAAUCCUCCACACCUACAUUCAACGGAGCCAUACUGGUGUCGUGCUGCGCCCCUCAAGACAUUAACUCCAAUGCCAAGUACAUUAAUACCUCCACUGCUAUGGUCUUCUAUGCAAAUGUUCAGGAGCCUAGAGCUGUUAACUUUACAACAGGAACAGACCAAGCUGAUCGUUUCUCAGAGACUGCAUUCCCCAACCCAGCCUAUGUCGACCUUUCACCUUGCCCUUGUGAUCUGACCUCUGGUCACUGUGAUGGAGACUGCUGCUGUGAUCAGGACUGCAACGAAGCAGACAUUUUGGUAUUCACCUGCUAUGAGGAAAUGGAAGAAUAUCCAGUUACUAUCUAUGAUUGUAACAGCACAGAUCUGUACAGAGAAGACUGGUCACCUCUUCUUUGUGUCCAAACAUCCAAUUCCCCGUACCUGGGACUGUAUCACAGCACUGUCGCAGCCAUCCGAGAUAUUGCAACAUUCAAUGCUGCUAAGGCAAGCAGUUUGACUAGCCGGGACACCAGCUAUCAGGAUUCUGGCCUUCGGUCUUUGGAAUACCAAAGCGUUGAUAACUCCAAGUACAACAAUGGGGAUCCAGUAGAGCUCCUGUACAAUGAGGAGGUGAGAGGAUUCCUUGCACUGCCGCAGAUGACACUGGAUGGAGAAUGCCUGUGGACAUCCCCUGUGAAGUUUCAAGAGGAUUUGACAACGCACUGCACCUUGAUGCCUGAUCAGAGGCUUUGUCAGCAGUUCUCGCCAUUCAGUGCCCUAAUGUUUCUGCGGUCAUCCACAGAAUCUUACCCUCCUUGCCCGAAGGAACCCAAGGUAGCUGGUCGCUUUGGUCAAGCAACGGAAGCACCAGCAGAUAUAGAGUACUAUUGCCUUGAGGAUGUCUCGGACUACCUUUCAGAACAGUCUGUUGAUCAGAACCUGUUUGAUCUCUAUGAGAGCUCUUUGUUUGCAGAGCACCAGAAUGAUACCAGUGAGGGGAAGAUCCCAAAGCGGUGUUUGUGGGAUGAUGGUUAUACCCAACCUCCAGUUCCAUCCUACAAUAAUGAUACGAAACUCUGCUCUAAUUCAGUGGUCAGCACAAGCUACGAGAUGUUCUGGCGUGGAGGAGAGAUUGUUCGCAUUGAAGGUCAGGUGAUUCUUGGUGCUGUGCCACUUAUUCAAGAUCUCUCGAUUGGUAUAGAAGAAGUAGAGGAGUUUGUCUCCCCACCCCCGUCAACAAUUCAACCAACUGAAGAACCUCUGUUGACUUCUAUUAUAGUAACCGAAGAGCUGAACAGUGUCACUGUCAUUACCGAUGUUACUGAAGUCUUUGAAACUGCCAUAACUGAGCUGACAGAUGGAACAGACAAUAUGACUAUGUUUAUGUUAGAGGAAGAGGAUAACGUGACAACAGCUCAACCGAGCACAAUCACAACUCUAGCUAUGACAUUACAGGUAACUACUUCAUCUACAACACAAGCCGGUUUGACACCACCUACAACGCCAUCUGUAACCACCCCGCAGUCGGUCACCACACCUGGUGCGGUCACCACACCAGUCAUCUCAGUUACUCCUUCAAACAUAACAGACAACACCACUAUGGGUGUUGACAAUGUCAAUGUAACUACGGAUAUGACCACUGAGGUACCUGGCACAACGCCUUUACCUCCUGACCCAGUCAAUACCAUGCCUCUCAACAUCACUCUAAGAUUCUCAACCACAUUCACCUAUCUUCCAGAGACUCUUGUCGACCCCCUGACAGGCCAGAAUGUAGAACCCCCAGAAGCUUUUGAGAGAUCAGGAAACCCUGGGUACAUCGUUGGUAAACCUCUACUGACCGGGGUGAUGUUGCAGACUCCUCUAGUCUUACCAACUGAUCCAGGACCGCCAGUCAAUUGUACAGAGUUUCCCACAAACCCAAGCUGUAUUGAGGUACCUGAGAAUGAAACUGUAUAUGUCUUUGACAGUGUGGAUACAUUGCCUUCCAACCAACUGCAAGUUUUCACUCCAGGUGAUGGAAGCCUUUGCGCCCUUUCCUCCACAUCAACCUUGACCUUUGGGGAGGACCUGGUGUCUGGGUGCAUCCUUCGAAUGGGCCAGUCAGAGCUCCAGAACUGUUCCAUCUUGGCAGCGUACAUGGAGGAACAACUGAGGGCACUGGUGCCAGCAGAUCGGAUCGGAAAGAGAGGAAACUCUAGCGUUCUGGUGGAGGAUGAUUGGGCUGAAAUUUUCAACCCCAAUGAUCAUCCGUUCGACCCUCCAACCACCAUGCCACCAACUACAGAGGCACCCCUUGAGACCACACCCGCCCCCCUUACAACACGCUUCCCUGCACAGCGUUACAUUGAUCCAGAACCCCCUGUUGAUGCAUUGGAACAACUCACGAGCAGGUGCAGUGGUAUACCUACCAGUAUGAACUUGGAAGUGCUCAUUGCGGAGGCGGGGGUGUACAGUGGAGUGCCACAGUAUGAGGUGCUGGCAGCCAGAGUUCAGUACAGUACUUCGACAGUGACCUUGACCUGUUCAGGGUCACUUGGUGCAAGUUGCAUCCUUGAAGGUAGACCCGUUGUAUCCGAUCCCGCAGGAAAUAGCACAAUCGUCCAAUCGUUCCCAGUCUACAGCACAGUCAAAUAUACAACCGUCCCUGCUGUAGACCCAGAACCUGUUAUUUUAUACUACAAGGAUUAUGACCCUGAUCUGUGCAAGCAGGAUGCAUGUCUGGCGGAGCUCUUCUACCCCCUCACAGAAGGGUUUGAUGGGGAUACCUACCAGUACUCCAUCGCAGUUUCUUUGUUGCUUGUUAUCAUUACCACAGCUUAUUUCAUCGUCACAUCACCGUGGGCACACUUAUGAUAAGAACCUGUAGGCCGGUAAAUUGCCAAUUCAUCUAUUGCCAACUUGUCCACUGAUCACAUGGUCUAACUUCAUUUAGUCUAAUGCCAUUCCGUCCAUCAACAUUUCAUUUAACAACUAUUUGGUCUAGUCAUCACUUCAUUUACUCACCAGUUCGUCUAUGACCAUUUUGUCUCAUAACCAUUUGGUCUAAUAGCCAUUUAAUUUUCUUUCAUUCGCCAAAUUAACACUUAUUCCAAUUAGACAGAGUGGUAUAUCGACUAAAUGGUUAUUGGACCAAUUGGUUAUUGGACAAAAUGGUGAGUGGAUGAAAUUGCAAUUAGACCAUGUGGAUAGUGGACAUAAUGAUGGUAGACAAAACGAUAGUAGAUGAGUUGGUAAUUGGACAAAUUGGCAUUAGACCAAUUGAUAAUAAACCUAUAGCCCUUGGCCCAGUCAUCAUAAAAUUCAUAUGGUGAUCCAAAUGUAAUGCCAGAGCAUUUCUUGAGAGUCUAACACAUUGUGAUGUUAUUUGUGAUCACCUUGGCUAAAUUCGAUAAAAAAAUAUUUUGCAUGGUGAUAAUGAAAGCCUGUGUGUAAAAAGAUGUUAAAUCUACAGCAUAGUUUCAGCUGGCACAAUUGUGAUUUGCUGUUUCACAAAUUAACUCCUGGUCAUAGCAUUCUCAUGAAAAAAAUGAGGUAAUUGUAUUUUCUUCGUUGCAUAAUAACACCAGCUUAGCCCUGCAUGUAUUCAAGUAGGCUUUUUUUUUAGAUCAAGUUUACAGGGUUGGUUGUCAUUUAUCAGAUUUAACCCCCCCCCCCCCAUUUCUUCUAAUCACCUUGAUUAUAUUACCCCUGAAAUGUUAUUUUGUCUGGUACAGACUGUACUUGGUUCGUGAUUGAGGAGACCCAUCAUUAUUUUUGUCUUUGAAAUGUUGACCCUUGGAAAUUUUUCUUGCCAUCUGUAAUCACUUGAUAACUUUACAAUCACUAGUUAUAUACCUUGGGGAGCGUUGCGUGAAGUGAUUAGUCAAACAUCCGACAGUUAGGAUAAUAUAGUCAAGCCACCUGUUCUUCUCAGACAAUCAAAUUCAAGGAAAACUCUCAGAUUAAAAAUGUGACUAACCACCCCAAAACCAACAAUAAGUCCCCCAAAAUGAAUUUUGAAAUUCUUAUUAAGUUUGAAAAAAGCACAUCCUAACCUUUAAAAUUAUAUACUCUUUGUCAAAAUUGAUCAAUAAUAACCCACUCAAGUACUUGAUUGAAUGCAGAAAAAAAACAAAGCAUGAGCUUUGAAAAACAACAUUUGAAGUUCAGGGUUCACUGAGCACACUGUGCAAUCUCAAUGAAACUUCCAUGCAUUCUGCAAAAAUUGUGUCAUAAAAAAUCUUGUAUCUUGUUUUCUAUUCAGCUUUACAACCUGAAAUUUUGACAGUAUGAAGAACAAGAAAUACUCUAUCAGAUACCGAUAAGCUAAUUGUUUAAUGUUGACUUUUUGAAGACCAAUUUACUAUUUUGGCAUUUUACAGAGAACCUUUCCUGGCGACUUGUUGGUUUUGGGUUGUCUGGUCACAAAUGUUGAUUAAACACUCUCCUGGGGACCAGUUGCACAAAGAGUUGUGUGAAUGUAUCUCAUACCUGAUUACAAAUUGUGAUUGAUUUUGAGAGUUGUGUUUGAUCACAGCCCUCUGUGCAAUGGGCUUUGUCUUGUAAGUAAUGCCCCUCAUCAAACUCUUUUUCUUGCCUAAUGUUGCAUAUGAUGUAUUUUGAAGUCAUUUGUCAUGUAAUGGGUGAUUCCAAGUACGGCUUUGUUGAUUUAGAGUGUAUAUCAGAUUGCUGUAAUUGGUGACACGACAUUUACUCCUGCGACAUUUGCUCCGGUCUUAACCAAAUAGCCCCUGAACCGCCCGAGACCGCCCUUCCUGUUACACACUGAACCGCCCGUACGUUUUAUUUGCGCUAUAGUAUCUCAUGUAUAUGAUUUACCAUGGUAAUAUUGCGUGUGCAUACUGUAUAGGUUGGCUGCUAUAUAGAUCUGCAUAGAAAAGUGUAUGCUCCUAUUGAGUAUAAUGGAGAAAAACCGAUUGACACGCAUCGGUGUGUAGCAAGUUCCAGACUGUUACGCAGUCGAUCUCAGCAAAGAUGGCUGCGUCCAUGUCUUGGAAAACCACUUACUACGCCGAAGAAGCUCGGGCGUUGCUAUACGUUCAUCAAAACGUUGGAUAUCACACAGAGUGAUAUUCAGAUGUGAGUUGGAAUUAAUUUUUGACAUAUUUUAUCCCAGAUUUGGCGAAAACUUUAGUAUUCUGUCUGUGAUACUUUACAUUUUUUUGAAGGCGUGGGACUGGGGCGGCUGAAAUCUGAACUUUUGCUUUUUCUUCUUCUCGCUCUGCAAACGAUUGUCAAAGGUCAAUAUUUGUACAUCUGAUUGAACUUUGCCAUGUACCAUUCUAUUCAACAGGUCCUAUGCUACAAAUUAAAUAUAACUUGUAAUGAACAAAAGUAAAUUGAUAAAAAACUGUUUCAAUUUGUUUGGAACAAUGCCUACGAAUUACCAGUUUUAUUGUUUCCUCUAGUGAGAGAUUGCCAUUAUGCAUAUAAUCUAUAGGUGCUAUAGGGUUAAUAUCUCAGAGGGCAUAGGGGUAGAGUUAGGAUUGUAAUAGAGUUUUUGGUUCAGAAUAAUGUAAACAUAAUGAUUAGGGUUUAUUUAGUUUUGUAUGUUAGAUUUUCAUCUGAGCAAUUUUCACCAGAGCAAAUGUCAUGGAAAUGCUGUAAUUAGGUUGCAGUUUUGUGGUGGAAUACAUGGAAGUAAUUCUACCACUGCAUUGUGCUAGUCAAUGUCAGACGACGGCACACAUUCAAAGAAGCUCCAACAUGGUGCCCUGGACCUCUCAGGUGGAGACGGUUCAGGGUUUGAAGAAAAUUAAUCUGAAGUGUUUUAUAGAGAGGGCUUAAUAACAAUGAGUGUCAUCAAACUACUGGACCCUAUUCCAUGAAAUUUAUUACUGGAGAAAACUCAGGUUAGUUUUACCAUAGAUUUUUUUUCCUGUGUUAAGGGAUAGAAUUGUGCCAAUCUGAAUUUUGCCAUUUUGAACAGGUUUUAGAGGUAAUUUUUUAUUCUUGAACAGGAGCUAGUCGGUUGGCUCUCUUUUGAGGUAGGUGAAAACUAUAUUUACACAGAAAUUUCUAUACAGUAUUCAACACCAGAUUAAAACACAAAUUGCCUCAAAUACUCAAUUUUCUGAGGUCAAUCCCAACACCAGACUGUUCAACUGGGUGUUAUGGCUGGCUGUGCCCUAACACAAACACCAGCUUCCCACACUGUAAUUUAAAGCUCCCAUUGUGAUUUAAUAAUCAUAUAUAAAAAUCUCCUUGAUAGAGUGUAAUUGAUUUGUUUUUGUUGAAUUCAUGCAUUUCAUAAUGCAUGCACACAAGUAGUGACCAUAUUGUGAUGUCACUCAUUCGCUUUAAUCCUAAGGGAUGGAUCAGCAACAGUGUACUGAAUACCAUGCAUUAAUCAGGGUUUCUUUGUCAAAGCCAUUACAAACCUAGUUUAACUAAUUCUCAUUCUUACCUGCAAAUUCUUAUUCAUCAUUCAGUUAAAUAUUUCUUUACAUCUUAGGAAGAGAGUUGAACAUGGGUGGCACAUGUAUCAUGAAAUGCACAAACUAAACAUACUCAGUGGGCGUUUCAUAAAGCUGUUCAUAAGUAACGAGCGACUUUACGAACGACUGGUGAUCCUUCCUUUGGAUCAACAUCAACACCAUUGUAAAUCUUGCGUGUAUCAUUUACCACAAGGAUCACCAGUCGUUCGUAAAGUUGAUGGUAACUUACAUGUAUGAACAGUUUUAUGAAACACCCACCAGUACUUUCAAAGAACUGUUGCAGUGUAUUUGAACAUAAAUUGGUUUAUUACAAGAUUUUCACACAUGUACAUAGAUUUUACAGUUUGUAUUGUAUGUUUUUAUAAUGUGUAAAGCCAAAAAAUGUACCUUUUAUGUUGUAAAUAAUGUAUUUAACAUAAAUUAUGACUGUAAAUCUUUGUAAAGAAUCGAUUUGAAUAUUUGUAAACAACAGACCGACGGUGUACAUUUUUUAAUCAUUGUGUUUGAUAAUAAAUUAUUAAAUCUUUAUCAGAG